UUUUGGUAAAAUUCCAAAAAAAAAAGGCCGACACGCAGGAGGAUAACAGAAGUUUCCAUAGAGAUUGAAAGCAACACAGCUAAACCCUGGAUAAACGGAGCUAGCCAUCGUUUAUUACUUGGACAGCGCUGACAGUUAAAUAAUAUCAAGGCCUUGAAAACAACGAUAUGAUAUUAGAUUUAAACCAGGAAUUAGCGGACAAGGGGUCCGAGACUGCAGAGGAUGUGUUGUCUUGGGAAGCUGCUAAAGACUUGGAGCAAAGGGUCAGGCAUGCCCAGACGAGAAUGAAAUGGUUGGGAAACUGAUGCGGAAUGACGGGGCUCAUGGUGAAUGCUGGUGGUGAUUAGGAAAGCGGGCGGGGAAAGGGCGUGUUGACAUUAAUCAAGAGUUUCACGGUUUAUGUUUGGGUUUACGCCGUUUGAGGAUUCCGACUUCCCGUAACACAGAACAAGGGAGAAAUGCAGCAAGCACAAAGAAAACAGCACUGAACUGCAAAAGAGAAGCACACUGUCUAUAAAACCAGGAAAUAUUCCUUUUUAGGAGCGGUACAUGGUUUUAUAAAACGAAACUGUACACCUAGAAGGGCAAAAGAACCGACAGUGUGAAACCUAUUCUCACCUGACCAGCUGAAUGUUUUAUAUUAAAAGCAAUGGAGAGGUCGAGCAAAGCGAGCAGGAUUCAGGACUGUGCAGUAUGGGGGCUUGGUUCGGGCAGCACCGCACACAAUGGCAAACAAGACCUUGUUUGUUUGUAAAGCAGUUUUAUUAAUUGGAGUUUUAAAAGAUAAUAUUAAAAUGGCCGACCAAAGCAACAUCCAGUCGGCGGCUUCCAAAAGCAUACGACCCUUCAAAUCCAGCGAGGAGUACCUGUACGCGAUGAAGGAGGAUUUGGCGGAGUGGCUCAACACGCUGUAUGACUUGGACGCCCAGGCUGACGGCUUCAUGGAGGCUCUGGAUACGGGAUCUGCCCUCUGUAGGCACGCCAACAAUGUCAACCGCGCCGCGCACGACUUCCAACUGGAGUACCCUGGGGCUGUCAACUCCAUGCGUGUCCCACAAAAAGACGUGGUUUUCCAGUCCCGAAACGUCGUGCCUGGCUCCUUCCUGGCUCGGGACAAUGUGUCCAACUUCAUCGCCUGGUGCCGACAGGAGCUGGGCAUCCAGGACGUUCUCAUGUUCGAGACCAAUGACCUGGUUUUAAAAAGAAACGAGAAGAAUUUCGUGCUGUGCCUCUUGGAGGUGGCCCGCAGGGGGGCUAAAUUCGGGAUGCUGGCCCCUAUGCUCAUUCAGUUAGAGGAGGAGAUUGAGGAGGAGAUUAGAGACCAGGAGAACCAUCAUCUGGACCCGGGGAAGAUCCCUCUCCAGCUAGGCUACGUGGGGAGCAACUCGGCAGAAGAUCACUCCCCUGACGACCCGGUGUACCCCAGCUGGCAUCAGAAGAGGGUCUUAUGUGACAUGAGAAAUCUGGAUGAACUGGUGCGUGAGAUCCUGGGGCGCUGCUCUUGUCCUUUGCAGUUUCCAAUGACCAAGAUUUCUGAAGGGAAGUACAAAGUGGGCGACUCCAGUGCGUUGAUCUUCAUCAGAGUGCUGCGGGCUCAUGUGAUGGUGCGAGUGGGCGGAGGCUGGGACACACUGGAACACUAUCUUGACAAGCACGACCCCUGCCGUUGUGCAGCCUUCUCUCAUCGCUAUCCGCAGUCCAAAGCAGGCGGACUGACCCUUCAGAAAGCCAGCAGUGCUCACUCCUCCCGGGCUACUAGCCCCACCCCACACCUGAGGUCGGAGGUCAUGGCCCCGUUCAAGACACCCGACAGGCGGACCCUGGACCCUUCCAGCCUGGGUCGCCCUCCUCGCCCUUUCAUGCAGGCAGAGCCGGGGACAGGGGAGCCCUGCGCCCGCACAGGCCGGACCCCCGCACUCCUGAGACCCCCCAGGGACCGCUCCGAGCCCCGGCACUUCACCCCAUGCAGGGCAAAAGAAUCACUGCCGCCAUUGACUCGGAAACUCUCUGGAGACAGCGACUCCUCGACUGCUUCUUCAAAGGGGGUCCGGGAUAGAACCUCCCUCUCCCUUGUCAAGAAACCUGGGGAAGAGGUGAUCCUGCUGGUAAACAGGAGAGAAGGCAAGCAUGUGAUCGAGAGGUCCGGAGCCAUGCCAACUCCCACCGCCCGACCCCCACAGAGCAGAGCACGGAGCCAGUCACAAGACCGCAGCGCACUGGUGAAACCCCACCCACCACAAGACACCCCCAGACCGGAAGGGAACACAAGGCCAGAUCGCCGGCAAUCGUUGUGUCCUGAAAGCCUCAGAAAGAGCAGGCCUAAACCAGGAGCUCUUAACAAGGAUAGGCCCAGUGAGGCAGCUAUGGACAAAUCAAAAAGCAGAGAAACCCAGCAAACUCAAGCUGAUGGCUUCUGGGAGGACGGGAGAAAAAGAGGGGGCACAGCCUCAAAAUCCAGGGCACAGGCAACACUAAAAUCAGCAGCAGCUACCCUUCCCAGGAAACAGGCUUCCUCCUCUUCAGGUAAGGUCUCCUACAACAGCCCAAACAAGAAGGCCGCAACUCUUAGGCCUGUGGUGUCUAAGUCCCCAGCAGGAAAAAGCAACCUACUGGUCCCAGUGCUGCAGACAAGCCGCCCCUCUUCCAGGGAGUCGUAUGGCUCCCUAAGUCGAGGAGGCUCUAGCGAGUGGCUUGAUGCCAGUUCUGAGCCUGAAGAUGAGAAUCUGGGGAGAACUUUCCAGGUGCUGCCUAGCUUGGACCCGAACCAGGAGAAGGAAAUGUACAAGAGUUUUGAGGCAGAGUUUUUGGCCAACACACAAAUGGACGCAAACUGGGAGGAUGACUUUGGUGGCCCCCAAAUGCAGCCUCAAGAACAGCAGCAGCAGCAGCAGCAGCAGCAGCAGCAGCAACAGCUUCCCUUGGCUGAUCCCAAUGUCACAGACUCAGCAUACUCCUCCUCCAACUCCUCCACCUCUUCUCUGAAUGUGGGGAACAAGAUGGGGGUUCUACCUGAUCUCAGGGGUCCCAAGAAGCCUUCUGCCAAACAGCGGCCCUGCCCCUCAGAUUACGGGUCAGUAUUAUCAGAACUCCAAGUCAGCUGCCGACACUUAAACUACAAAGACCAGGAUCUGUGGGGGAACCCUUCAGAACCUCCUAGCAACCCAAGAAAGCCUGUUCUAUCCAGCUCAUUGGAGGAUAACCACUUUCUGUCAACCUUAAAUGAUUUGAGGGACAAGGGGAUUUUAAACUCAAAAGAGCUGAAUUCAAGGGAUCUAAAUCCUGGACAUCUAAAUGCAAGGCAUCAUUUAAAUUCAACAGGCCUCAAAUCAGAUCAUGCAAAUCUGGACGACCUAAAUGCAAGGGACCCUUUGGAUUCUGGGACCCACAAUGCACGAGGAAUUCCAAAUUUUGGAAAUUCAAGAAUGCGCCUGGAUUCGGACGAAAUAAAUGGAGAUGACCACUUGGACAUUUCACAGAACCUUGAAUGUGCUUCUGAUCUUGAGGAUGAGGAUGAUACCACCCUCCUGCCCCCUGAAGGUCACCGACUCUCCCUCUCGGAGGACCUCUCCGUCCUCGACUCCUCCAGUGAAGACUCCUCUUUUCUGUGCGUGAGCUUGAGUGAGCCCCGCUCGGAGAGUGCACCUCCUCCCCUGCUUCAGACCACUGAGUCGGAGGUCGUGCUGCACUCCAAGUCCUUGAAGAAGCCUGAGAGAGUGCCCUCCAUCUACAAACUCAAACUCCGUCCCAUAGUUCGACAUCGCACUGACAAUCGCCCGGAAAAGACCCCUUCCCGGAUCCCAACUCCCGUCAGCUACAAGAAGAAUGCUUCCGAGGUGCUCAACUGCCCCCAGAACUCCAAGAGCAAUGGGCAUCCCAAGUGGGGAAUGGACCACAAGUCCAGGAAGGCUCUAUACCAAGCCUUCACAGAACUCAUAGACCCCAGAGCCGAAUCCCCCACUGAGGAACAGAAAGGCGGCUCCUCUGUUGAGUCAUUCAGUUUGGAUGAAGAGGCUUAGAUGAGCAGAGGAUGUCGAUUGAGACCAGGAUAGAUGGGGUAAAUGUUUGGGAGAGUGUGAUAAGAAUUAGCAUCCUACCUUCCCCUUUUGAAUGUCCUUUACACUGAGUCAAAGCUCCCAGCAGGUGGUGCUUCAGAGGUAGUCCUGCAAUAGAAAAUAGUAUAUAAAAAACAGGAAUACAAGUUGACUGCUACAUUGUUGGAUCUGAAAAUGACCUGGAUUAGGGGAGAACAUUAUCCCAAGCAUUUUAGCUCUGGAAUGGGGGCCUCCUAUAAUUCUAAAGUGGACGCAUCUUCUAAAUGAACACAUGGAGAAAAACAGGAUGGACAAAAGCCCAGGAUUUUAAAACCCUUUUACAGAAAAUGGUCAAGGAGUCGAGAAAACCAGUCUCGACUGACUGCCAGACCUUUUCAAAAUGUGAUCGCCACCCUUCCUAUAAGCCUCAAUAUAGCUCCCUUUGCACUUUACACUUAAUUUAUUUCCACCAAAAUACUGUAGCCGGCUGUACAUGUUCCUUUAGUGUGGUAGAAUCAUGUUAGGUGUAUGUGUGUGGG